AUGACCUCUGCAUUUGAAGCACCUGAUCUUCAACAGCAUCGUAAUUUGCAAUGGUUUCGAAACUCAGCUUCCAGUUCAUGGUCUGAAGAAGAGAAAAAAUCGCAACUAUUUACACAUGAUGAAGAUCAUAUGACUGAGAAUACCUACGAUGCUGAAAAGGACCAAGCUGAAAUCGACAAAGAUUACGUAGUUUAUUUGGAAUAUAUGGUACAAAAUGACAAAAUUGAUGACCCAAAUGUACACCAGAUUAAUCAUCUUCUAGUUAAGAAAGAUCACAACAACAUUCAUCCACGUAAAGAACGAUUUUCAUCGCCCAUUCCACUCGUUCCUACAACAUCUUUAACUCCAGAAUCAGAUCUAGAUAAAGAUACUCUUGAAUAUCUGAAAAAAUAUGGCGAUUUUCCAAACGUCUACUAUGAACAGGAAGUCCAGUACCAAGAUAAAACCAUUGCUGAUGUCAUUGAUCAGACUAUAGAAGGAAUUUUAAAAGAAGAGAUAUCUGUAGGUAAAGAAAAAGAAGCACAAGAGCUUUCGAGUCAGUUGUUAGCAGUCAAACACUUUGGCACCGAAGUUAUUGCAAGCAGAAUCAAUCUUCCAUUAGAAGUUGGUGAGACUUGUGUUCGACUCUAUACAAAGACUUCAUUCUGGUUCAAAUUAAUCAAUUGUGUCUGUCGUGAUCCAGCCAAUAUUACUCUUGAAAGAGUUAAAACAUUAGGGCCAUUCUGUUAUUUACUUGACCUGAGUUUGAUGAUAUUGAGUACAAAUGACAUUCAAACAGUCUAUCGUGGUUUAGAUCUCACUGAUGAACAGCGUCAAGAGUAUAUGAAGCAGAAUGUGAUUUUCAAGUCUUUUACUUCUACAAGUGGAUGUCGAGAUGUUGCACAAGUGUUUGGAAAUACACUUUUAAUUAUAGAUUUAAAUGUUAAAGAUCCUGAAGUACAAGAAAAUAUUAGACGUGGUGCAGACAUCUCAUCUUUAUCUCAGAUUCCUGAUGAACAGGAAUUCUUGAUUUGGCCUUCAGCAGAAUUUAAUUUUGUAGACUAUGUGUAUGACACUGACGAUCAGCGACAUACUAUUUAUUUGAAAUCAGCAGAGUUGGAAUAA